ANAAAAAAAAAAAAAUGAGGGGAAAAUCUUCUUCAUCAAAGUCCAGAAUUGUUGGGCUAGGGCCCGGAAUGCAGAAAGAGCCUCAUGUGUCGGACGCUUGCAUGCGCGACCUUGUCAAACAGCUAUCCUCUGCAAGAACCAAACACUCCUCAAGUUUCGACAGCAAUGGAAAUGUAGAUGGAGGAAGAACUGCAUUUUCUGACCAAAAACCUGGAAAUUCCAAUCAAGUCCUUCAGCAGCAACAUAAAAAAGCCAGACGAAGGCUCCACACCAGCCGACCUUACCAAGAAAAGAUGCUAAACAUGGCCGAGGCCCGCCGUGAAAUCGUCACUGCCCUUAAGUUUCAUCGGGCUGCCAUGAAGCAGGCCCACGACAAACAGCAGCAGCAAAAAUCGGGCCAGGGGCCCGAAGUCCUGCCUUUUGGGCCCACACCCCAUCAUCUCUCUUUAGAAGAGGAAGAAAAUAAUUUGAAACAUGCUUCGAAUUCUUCCUUUUAUAAUAAUCAUAGCCCGACUAAUUACAACUAUCCAGAAAAUUUCUCAUACUCUUGUCCUGUGCCUGUCCUAGAAAACCUCGACUUUGCACUUCCCAGUCAGACCCUCGGCCUAAACCUCAAUCUUCAAGAUUUCAACUAUCUUUGCACUGCAAAUCCUUCAUCAAUUUACUCGUUAUCUUCUGCAUCAACCUCUUCCUCUCCUUGCUCAGCUGCCAUUGAGAAAAUUCCAUCUGCUGAUGUGGCGGAACUCGGUGAUUCUGGGCUGCAUCAUAAGAUGGACGAUAAGGUGUUGGCUGAGAUGAGAUCGAUUGGGGAGCAGUAUCAGAUGGAGUGGAAUGACACUUUGAGCCUUGUGAACUCUGUUUGGUGGUUCGAGUUUUUGAAGUCAAUGGAGGUGUCAACAGAGGGCAAAAAGGGGAAGGAUUUCGUGAACUGUGUGUUUGAGGAAGCUGUGGAGUUCCCUGCUUGGCUGAACACGACUGAGUCGCAUGUGGACGAGACGUGCUCAGGGAAUUACUUUGAAGAUUCUGCUUUGCCGUGCAUGGACAUAGAAGAAAUCGAUGGUAUGGACGGUGACUGGUUAGCCUGAGAUUAAUUGGUCUCUUUCUCAUAAUAAUAAAAUCGCUGUUGGCUUUCCCUUGUACGGUACAACCUCCUGGGCAUUUUUCUUAUGGUACUUCUUUUGUGUUCUCCAAAUAAUACUUGUCUGUACUUGUAAUGAACAGGCGAACUCUUAAAUCAAGUAUCAAUCGAGUGGGAAAUUAUUUUAUUCUUCCCAUUUUUCUUAUGGUACUUCUAGCGUUCUUUUGUGUUCUCCAAAUAAUACUUGUCUGUACUUGUAAUGAACAGUCGAACUCUUAAAUCAAGUAUCAAUCGAGUGGGAAAUUAUUUUAUUCUUCCCAUAUU